UGGCUUCAACGCCGGAAUUACGCGUCGCCAUACACGAGAUCUGCAAGGAAAAAUGGCAACAGGAAGACCGAUUGUCGAUGCGAGAAAUCAUGGUCAUCUUGCUGCUCAUCGCAAUCGGCAUCUCGCUUAUUGUAGACACGGAGAGGCACAUCUGGGUUCAAUGAUGCCCUCGUGGUUGCUGGAGACCGCGCUUCUGGGAAACAUGGACACGCGGGUGCACCCUGCGUGGUGCCUUGUCGCGCUCAUGGCUGCGACGGCACUGGUCUGCGAAGUGGACAGCGGCGUGGCCAGACCCAGUCUCGUCUACAAGCUGAUACAUCUGUCGGAGCGGUUCAAGCUGCACCCGCUAUACUUCGUGUUGCCCGUGGUGAUGCAGUCUCGCUGCGUCAUGCUGGUGCCCUACACAAGCACGCCGCUUGUGUUCCUGCAUCUGUACGCCCCCAUACGAAGCGCUGAACUGUACUGGCUGGGAUUGCUGCUCAAGGUCAUCUUCGGCGUGGCGUUUAUAAUAGCGGCGAAUACCAUGCUGUUCGUCUAGUAUCCUGUUUCACGGCACGCCAUUAUUUCGAACAGACGAGCUAAUCAUUAAUAGUUACCAAGCGUCACUGACGUAUGCUUACUGACAUUUGAACGGGAACACAGUUCGUCACGUUUUAGAAUUAUGAGAUUGGUGCACAGAACGUUUUUGUGCCCCUUGACAACGAAAAAGACUUCAAGCGUGACGACUGCGAAGGGAGUGCGUUAUAACUGUGUUAUUCAUUUUCACGUCUUUACCAUGUCACUGUUUGCUUAAUUUACGGAUUUCCUUUUUUUUUAUUGGCGGCGGUAUACCGCACGGCAUAAGUUAAAUAAAAGGAGCAGAUCGGUUUCCUGGAUGAAAUCCAGCCGCAGGCGACGCAGAGGACCGUGCGCCCAGCGCGUGAAGUCAGGUGGUCGAUCGGGGCG